UUGAAAUGGAAGAUGGCGGGUUUACCGUAGUGAAGUAUAAAAAGACUCGUCAACAUAUCCGGACAUGUAGGCAGCAUAGAAUAUCUGUUUCUGAAGAUAACGAUGCACUGGAGAAUACUGAUGUUAAUAGAACAGCAAUUAUUAAUAGACUUAAUGAAGCAAUAUUACUUUUGGAAUCAUCAGCUUAUUGUUCCAAUUUGAAAAAGAUGAUCUCUGCUAUGCUACAAGGUGAUGGUACCCUUUGUGAUGUCAUGGAAAUGGUGCUAUAUGGAGUUGGGAACUUCAGUAGUUGUCCAAUCGCCCGCUAUCAACUGGCUCUGUAUACAAUUCUUCAUAGAGACUGCAAUGUACCUCCAAACAAAUGUUUUAUAUAUGAUCCAAAAUUCUCUGAUGUUGAAUUCGAUGUAUUGAAAGAGCUUGGAUACUGCAUCAUUGAGGAGAAUGAGGAAGGCAAGAGAGAAACCAGUUGUCCAACAUUGUUCUAUAUGCCACAUUGUGGUAAAGUGCUCUAUAACAACUUACUGUGGAAGAACUGGAACAGCAGGCAACUAACAGAUAUUAUGAUACUAGGCAAUAGUUUCUCAAAUAUGAAUGAUUCUUUACCCAAGAAGGAAUUCACUGAUCAUUAUUCAUAUAUUCAAAGGAUAUUACCAUACACUGCUGAACUAAAGGUUGAAAAUAAUUUUGACCAUGUUGAUAUCUUUAAUGAUACAAGUUUACAUUAUUUUAAAGAGAAUGUGUUGAAUUCUAUUCCAAGGGAAUUCUGGUUGAAAAAUUCUGAACCAAUUGUAUCUGAUGAUGUUGAGAUUAUUCUCAAGAAAUAGACUGAUGGACUGAUUGCAUUGGGACACUUGAAUCUUGAAUCUUCCAAUGGUAUCAAUAUACAAAACUUGUGGCAAUUUAUGUUGGCUUUACAUGCCUCCUUGAAUAUGCUAGAUAUAUUACAUGUACUGUAAACGGUUAUGACAUAAGGAAAAUAUAUAAAUACAAUGUAUAAACAACUGGUCACUGGAAUGGUUACCCAAAAAUGUUUUUAAUUUAGUUAUGAUCUAUAACAUGCAGAUCAAUAGAGUGUAACUCCUUACCAAGACGAUGGAAAUUAUUGAUUGAAGGCCUCAUUUUAAAGACUAUGUCAGUGAUUGAUUGAAAACCUCAUUUUUUCAAGAUAAUGUCAAUGAUUCAUUGAAUACCUCAUUUCCAAGACUAUUAGAGUCAAUUAUUGAUUGAAGGCCUUAUUUUUUACUAUGCCAAUGAUUGACUGAAUGCCUCAAUUUUCUAGAAGAUGUCAAUGAUUGAUUGAAGGCCUCAUUUUGCAAGGUAAUAUAAAGUUUGAUUGAAGACCUCAAUUUUAUAAUGCCAGUGAUUGAUUGAAGGCCUGGUUUUUAAGAUAAUGCCAAAGACUCAUUGAAUGCCUCUAGUUUCAAGACUAAGUCAAUGACCAAUUGAUGUCCUCAUUUUUUAAGACAAUGUCAAUAAUUGAUUGAAGGCCUCUUCAAGACUGACAGUGAAUGAUUAAAGGCCAUAUUUUCAAGAUUAUGUCAAUGAUUGAUUGAAGACCUCAUUUUUGAAGACAAAGUCAGUGAUUGAUUGAAGGUCUCAUUUUUCAAGACUGUUAAACUAAGUCUCGUCUCAUUUAUGCAAAAUAAUCUCUACUUUGUGACACACCUACAAUUCUACAUUCAUGUUGAAACCUAUUUAAUGAUUGAAAAUCCAUCCUUGCUAGCACAAGAUUCUUCUCUGAAUCAGCCAGGGAGAAAAACACAUGCAAUAGUCCAUAAUAUAAUAUGUUUGGCAGAAAAUAUAUUAUGUGAGUAUAUUCCUUCAGGUGGGCAGAGUAAAUACAUAAACC